AAUUUUUUAUUUUCUAGCCAUUUUGUAUGGAGUUAAUAAAAAUCUUAGCAAAGUUUUUUUUUUUUUUUAUCUCAAAUUGAAAUUUAAAUUCUAGAACAUUUUUAGAUCAAUUUAAUCUCUGCGGUCGAUCAAAAAUAUUCAACCACUGAGAUCUAAAACUUACUUCUUUCCUUUUUAACCAACAACAAACCCUAAUCCCUACAAUUUUUGUUAAGUGAAAUGAAACAGCCACAAGCCAGCCAGCACCGGCCACACGGCUGGUGAACCACCGGAACAGCCCUCAACCACCAGUCGCCUAAUCUGCCGGAGAACCGUUGACCAGCGCCACUGCGACACCAGCAACAGCCAACAACCGCCGCGCCACCGGCGAAAACACAAACUUCGCCUGCAAGGUUCUUGAAUACCUUGCUGCUGAGUUUGCCAGCUUCUUCUCUCCAGCAAGGCUUGUUGCGACUCUACAUUUGCUUGAAACACAUGGCUGAGAGACAUCCUGUUGAUCAACAGCAAACUUCAGAACCACAGGUGCAAUCCCCUGCUUCAAGGGACGACAUGAUUGCCUGUGUGAUGGCAUUAGAGGCUGCUCUGCUUCCCUGCUUGCCUGCACGAGAGCUCCAGGCGAUAGACCGUUCAGCACAUCCUUAUCAUCAGAUUGAUGUUGAGAGACAUGCAAGAGAUUUCAUGGAAGCAGCGAAAAAGCUUCAACUUUUUUUGAUUGGGUUGCAGCGCGAGGACCUGCCUUCCAAACCAGAUAUGCUUAGAAAGGAGAUUGCAAAAUUGGAGGAAGAGCUGAAAACAAAAACCGAGCUUAUAAGUAAGCAGGAAAGAUUGAUCCAAGAAUGGAGGAAGGAGUUGAAGGACCAAUUAGACAAACACAACAAGGAGUUGGAAAGGGUGUAAACUACUGCAGAUCCGUGUGAUGUAAACAGCUGUACCAAAUUUUGUUUUGCGAAAGUCCGGUGUUAUUGUUUUAUCUUGCUCUCAUUCCGUAGCAUUCUGUAUUUGAAGUGGCAGAGGACAACGAGCUCACUACAUCGAUGACUCGUUUGUUUAAAUGUGUGGCUUAGGGUAAAAUGAGCAUAAUUGGAGGACAACCUAGACACAAGGAGGAUAAGUCAAGAAGACACAACCCCUUGUGAGUGUUGCACACUACAUCUUGGUUAGCUAUUGCAGUUGCAUUUGUCUCUGUAGAUUUCACAACGGCAAUGCAAAUACGCGUACAUCUGAUUUAUAGAUGGAGAGAAGAAAACAUUGCUGAGCUAUAUGUAUUAAAGAAUCAUUUGGUGUGAGGAGGUAUAAUUAUAAUCAUUCAAAGAUAAAAUUCAUGAUUA